GCGAGGCGCCGGAAGCCGCCUGAUCGUGAGAGCGGCGAUCCGGCAGCGCCUUCUCUCCGGUGCCGGCGGUUCGCCCGGCGCGGGCUCGGCCCAGCCCUCCCCCGCCUUCCUCGCCGGGCGGUCCCGAGGCCCUUGUCCUGUCUUGAGGGUGACCCUUCUGUCGUGGCUGCCCGCAGAUUGUGGCGCGGGCUGCGGAAGUGCUGUGAGCCGGUCCUGCCGUGGGAGCGAUGGCCGCAGGGAAGCACCCGGCCGUGCUGGGCUCCGGGAGUCCGCGCAAGCCGCGGCGGCUGCCCGCCGACGGACAGCUGGCGCCGGGCUGCUACCUGAGAAAAAUGAAACUCUGGAUCACCUGAUUAGCUUGAGUGGAGCAGUCCAGCUCAGGCACCUCUCCAAUAAUCUAGAGAUUCUCCUCAAGAGGGACUUCCUCAAACUUCUUCCAUUGGAACUUAGUUUUUAUCUGUUAAAAUGGCUUGAUCCGCAGACCUUACUCACAUGUUGCCUCGUCUCUAAGCAGUGGAACAAGGUUAUAAGUGCCUGUACAGAGGUGUGGCAGACUGCAUGUAAGAAUUUGGGUUGGCAGAUAGAUGACUCUGUUCAGGAUCCUCUACACUGGAAGAAGGUUUACCUAAAAGCUAUUUUAAGGAUGAAGCAACUGAAGGACCAUGAAGCCUUUGAGACAUCCUCUUUAAUUGGACACAGUGCCAGAGUAUAUGCACUUUACUAUAAAGAUGGACUUCUGUGUACAGGAUCAGAUGACUUGUCUGCAAAACUAUGGGAUGUAAGCACAGGUCAGUGCAUAUAUGGUAUCCAGACACACACUUGUGCUGCAGUGAAGUUUGAUGAACAAAAGCUUGUAACAGGAUCUUUUGAUAACACAGUAGCCUGUUGGGAAUGGAGCUCUGGGGCAAAGACACAGCAUUUUAGAGGACAUACUGGUGCAGUUUUUAGUGUGGAUUACAAUGAUGAACUUGAUAUUCUGGUCAGUGGCUCUGCGGACUUCACUGUGAAAGUGUGGGCCUUAUCAACAGGAACGUGCCUGAAUACCCUUACUGGACACACAGAAUGGGUCACUAAGGUCGUUUUGCAGAAGUGCAAAGUCAAAUCUCUUAUGCAUAGUCCUGGGGAUUAUAUUCUCCUAAGUGCAGAUAAGUAUGAAAUCAAGAUUUGGCCUAUUGGAAGGGAAAUAAACUGCAAGUGCUUAAGAACACUGUCUGUUUCUGAAGACCGCAGCAUCUCCCUACAGCCCAGACUGCACUUUGAUGGUAAAUACAUAGUGUGCAGUUCAGCACUAGGAUUAUACCAGUGGGACUUUGCCAGCUAUGAUAUUCUCAGGGUUAUCAAACCUCCAGACUUCUCAAAUGUGUCCUUGCUGGGCUUUGGAGAGAUAUUUGCUCUACUGUUUGACAACAGAUACCUGUAUAUAAUGGACUUGAGGACAGAAAAACUGAUAAGCCGCUGGCCUUUACCAGAAUAUAGAAAGUCAAAGAGAGGUUCAAGCUUUUUGGCUGGUGAAAUGUCUUGGUUAAACGGACUAAAUGGCCAAAAUGAUACGGGCUUGGUUUUUGCCACCAGUAUGCCAGACCAUAGUAUCCAUUUGGUGUUAUGGAAAGAACAUGGCUGAAAAGCUCACACAUACAAAAUCUUCAGGAAUAUAUGGCCUAUCAGCAGUGUGUCCAUAAAAUGAGACUUUGCAUGAACCAAAGUUGCACACCCAAUGGUAUCAUCAUGCAAUGCACAAUCACUUACUUUUAUUUGGGCAUUUGGGAAUGGGUUGUUUUGGACAUAAUGCAAUGCAGCAUGCUAACAGUAUUCACCACAAAUUUUUGUCUAUAUUCAUGUUUAAAUAUACCUGUUUGGGCUCUGAAGUAUAGCUUGUAAUGUUUAAACCAUUCAAAUCUGCUUUAAACUCUGAAAUCAAGUUGUGCUUGACCUGACUUCUGACCUUUGUUUUGUUGUUGGAACAGAAGAUGAAGCUACUAUUUUAGAACCAUAGGCUUUUGUACCUGUAACAGCAAAUACUGGUUACAGUGCAUGGCUGCUUAACCAAAAUGAGAAAAUAGCAAACCCUUUCGCUCUCCAGAAUCUUUCUUUUCAAAAUGUUUUUCCAUAUGAUAGCUUUAAAUACUUAGCCUUUGAAACAGCAGAAUCAAAUGAGUCCUUUAACUAGGACCAGAUGUUUUAAGUUCAGGAACAUGUCAAUACAGUAUCUCCUCAGCAAGAAUGAUGCAGCUUUUCAUCUAUCUGAUACAGCCUGCGAUCGUGAUAAAUCUUGGGGAACCUCUGACAUAUUCAUCAUACUUGCUGAUAGUAACUCAGAAUAGCUUGAUUGGUAUUUUAUAGUCCUUAUUUCCUACAGUUUGUGUUAAAACGUAGUUUAGUUCACAUGAAUGGGAAGGUGAUGUUCAGUCUCUACAGCAGGUAACUUUCUUACAUUAAAUGAUGUCUACCAGCCA